AGCGCGCACCAGCACCCGCGCGCUUGGCAGCUGUGUUCCUUGGCUGUGAUUGGGCGGGGGGCGGUGAUUCCUUCUGUCACGAUUUGGGUAGCUCCCACCGGGAGAACACCGCCACCGACCGUCGGUUAGUACCCGGUCCCACCGCGGCGGUCAGCAGCAGGAGAGGCGGCGCGCACCUGGACGGGAGACGCGUCGGGUGUUUGGUCUGCAGGGGCGGGACUGACAGCUCGGGAUUCGUCCCUCAGUCCGUGCGGGUGAAGACAGAAGAGGAGAUCCAGCAGAGGAUCCUGUGCGCUGGAGCUGCCAGCCGCCUUUCUUCUGUCGGGGGCUGCGGUAAAAGUCGAUCACAAUGCCGGUGUUCCACACCAAGACCAUCGAGAGUAUCCUGGAGCCGGUGGCCCAGCAGAUCUCCCACCUGGUCAUCAUGCACGAGGAGGGGGAGGUGGACGGCAAAGCCAUCCCGGAUCUGACGGUACCAGUGGCCGCGGUGCAGGCGGCGGUCAGCAACCUUGUACGGGUGGGGAAGGACACUGUCCAAACCACAGAAGACCAGGUGAUGAAGAGGGACAUGCCUCCUGCCUUCAUUAAGGUGGAGAACUCGUGCUCGAAGCUCGUUCAGGCGGCUCAGAUGCUAAAGGCAGAUCCGUACUCUGUUCCUGCACGAGAUUACCUGAUUGAUGGAUCCAGAGGGAUAUUGUCUGGAACAUCUGACCUGCUCCUUACCUUUGAUGAGGCUGAGGUGCGUAAGAUAAUCCGCGUGUGUAAAGGUAUCCUGGAGUACUUGACAGUAGCUGAAGUGGUGGAGACCAUGGAGGACCUCAUCACAUACACGAAGAACCUGGGACCAGGGAUGACAAAAAUGUCAAAGAUGAUUGAGGAGCGGCAGCAGGAGCUGACACACCAAGAACAUAGACAGAUGCUCAUUAACUCCAUGAACACCAUCAAAGAGCUGCUGCCCGUGCUCAUAUCAGCCAUCAAGAUUUUUGUCACAACCAAGAGUAGUCGUGGUGCCGGCGUGGAGGAGGCAGAGAGGAACAGAAGGUUUAUCUUUGAAAAGAUGAGUGCUGAAAUCAAUGAGAUCAUAAGAGUCCUGCAGCUUACCACGUGGGAUGAAGAUGCGUGGGCUAAUAAGAAGGAUAUGGAGGCUUUGAAGAGAUCUUUGGCUUUAAUUGAAUUGAAAAUGACACAAGCUAAAACCUGGCUCAAAGACCCUCAUGCACCACCAGGAGACCCCGGUGAGGUGGCACUGCGCGUGAUACUGGACGAGGCCGGUAAGGUGGGAGAGCUGUGUGCCGGGAAGGAGAGGAAAGACAUACUGGCAACCACCAAGGCUCUGGGGCAAAUGACCGAUCAGGUGGUAGAUCUUCGAGCCAGAGGUCAAGGCCCAUCUCCAGGGUGUAUGCAGCGUGCAGGCCAGUGUUCGCAGGGCUUAGACCUGCUGUUUGGGAAGGUGGACGGUGCCGCCCGCAGACUGGAGGCUCUAAUCAAUGCUAAGCAGGCCAUUGCCAGGAGGCUGGAUGCUGCACAGGCCUGGCUGGCUGAUCCUAAUGGUGGUCCUGAAGGGGAGGAGAACAUCAGAGCAUUACUAGCAGAGGCCAAACGGAUUGCUGAUUUGUGUGAAGACCCCAAAGAACGGGACGACAUUCUUCGCUCAAUCAGUGAGAUUGUAGGCCUCACUGCCAGACUUGCGGAGCUACGCAAACAGGGUAAAGGCGACAGUCCGGAGGCACGGGCUUUGGCUAAACAGGUCGGGGCAGCGCUACUCAACCUGCAGUCCAAGACCAACCGUGCUGUGGCCAACAUGAGACCCGCGAAGCCGGCUGUCACCCUGGAAGGCAAGAUGGAACAAGCACUGCGAUGGGUCAACAACCCCGGGGUGGACGAUAGAGGGAUUGAGUGUGAGAUCCUACAGUUCUACGAAGGUCAGGCAGCCAUCAGAGGCAUGGUGGGGGAAGGCAGGAGGCUGGCAGGAGGCCUGCUUGGUCCGUAUCGUCAGGACAUGUUGGGGCGCUGUGACCGAACGGAGGCUCUCACAGCGUCGUUGGCGGACAUGGCUAGCAAGGGCGAGGCUGAGGCACCUCAUGCACGAGCUACGGCCGCUCAGCUACAAGACAGCCUCAAGGACUUGAGGCAGCACAUGCAAGAGGUGAUGACCCAAGAAGUUUCUGAUGUUUUCAGCGACACCACCACCCCCAUCAAACUGCUGGCUGUUUCUGCGACUGCUCCUCCUGACGCCCCGAACAGAGAGGAGGUAUUUGAGGAGCGUGCAGGGAACUUUGAGGCUCACACAGGUCGUCUGGGUGCAACUGCUGAGAAGGCUGCUGCCGUGGGAACAGCCAAUAAGUCAACAGUAGAGGGGAUUCAUGCUGCAGUGAAACAUGCCAGGGAGCUCACGCCUCAGGUGACUUCUGCUGCUCGGAUCUUGUUGAAGAAUCCUGGAAACAAAGCGGCCUAUGAGCACUUUGACACCAUGAAGAAUCAGUGGAUCGACAAUGUGGAGAGACUGACAGGUUUGGUGGAUGAGGCGAUAGACACCAAAUCCCUUUUAGAUGCAUCUGAGGAAGCCAUAAAGAAAGACAUCGACAAGUGCAGAGUUGCUAUGGCAAACGUUCAGCCCCAAAUGCUUGUUGCCGGGGCAACAAGUAUAGCAAGACGCGCUAACCGUGUCCUAUUGGUAGCUAAGAAGGAGGUGGAGAACUCUGAAGACCCACGAUUCCGAGACAUGGUGAAGCAUGCUUCAGACGUCCUCUCACACACCAUCUCACCCAUGGUGAUGGACGCCAAGGCAGUGGCCGGGAACAUACAAGACAAAGCUCUGCAGAAGGCUUAUCUGGACUCCUGUCUGAGGAUCCUGGCUGCAGUUGGGAAAGUUAGAGAAGCCUUCCAACCCCAGGAGGCCGAAUUCCCCCCUCCACCCCCUGACCUCGACCAGCUGCAUGUUAGCGAUGAGCAGGCGCCACCCAAACCUCCACUGCCGGAAGGAGAGGUGCCUCCUCCUCGCCCACCUCCUCCAGAAGAGAAGGAUGAAGAGUUUCCAGAGCAGAAGGUUGGAGAGGUGCUGAGCGAGCCCAUGAUGGUGGCAGCCAGGCAGCUGCACGACGAGGCGCGCAAAUGGUCCAGCAAGCCCGAGGAUGAGGAGGCAGUAGAGGAGAGGGAGGUACUAGAUGAAGAAGAUGACUUUACUGAUGGUGAGGAUGACUAUGAGCCAGAACUGCUGAUGAUGCCCUCCAACCAGCCUGUCAAUCAACCCAUUCUGGCUGCUGCCCAGUCUCUCCACCAGGAGGCGCGCAAGUGGUCCAGCAAGGGUAACGACAUCAUAGCGGCGGCCAAGCGGAUGGCUCUGCUUAUGGCAGAAAUGUCUCGGCUGGUGCGUGGAGGAAGCGGGAAUAAACGAGCGCUGAUUCAGUGUGCGAAGGACAUCGCCAAGGCCUCAGAUGAGGUGACGAGACUGGCUAAAGAAGUGGCCAAGCAGUGCACGGACAGGCGCAUCAGGACUAACCUGCUGCAGGUGUGUGAACGAAUCCCGACCAUCAGUACUCAGUUGAAGAUCCUCUCAACUGUCAAAGCCACCAUGCUGGGACGAACCAACAUUAGUGAAGAGGAGUCAGAGCAGGCCACAGAGAUGCUGGUCCAUAAUGCCCAAAAUCUGAUGCAAUCAGUGAAGGAGACGGUCAGAGAAGCUGAAGCAGCAUCUAUCAAGAUCCGCACAGAUGCAGGAUUCACCCUCCGCUGGGUGCGCAAGACCCCCUGGUACCAGUAAACAAGCCUGUACACUGGAAUUAGCCACAGUUUGACACCGCAGUGCACCACUCCAGUCAAACUAGCAAAGAGCACUCUCAGUGCGAAUGAACUUAUGCACCUCUUUUGAGGAGGACAGCGGGUCAUGGCUACCCAUCCUGCACUGCAGCGUGGCCGUGAGUGUGAGGAAUCCCACCGUGUGGAGUGAAUUCAGCUUUGCUCUCUGGUAUCCCUUUAUCAGUAACUGUGGAAUAGCUCCAUAGGGAUAGCUAUAUAUUUACAGUAAUAUAUAUUUUGGUAUGUUAAGAGUUUACCUAAAUGGCAGGUAUAUAUAUAUAUAUAUAUUUUUUUUUUUUUUUUUUUUUUUGAAGAAUGUUUUUUCUAUUUUCUAUAGGCAGGAAUAUUUACUUCCAAUUGAGCUUUUUCAGUGAGACUUUGUUAUUGUCAGUAUGUACAGUUAAUUAUUUGAUUCAUGGGUAACACUCGGCUAUGAGCUUUGACACUAAAACGGGUGGAGCGCUGUUUGGGCUGACCACACGCUUAAGCUCUGUCCUCUUCAUGUUUACUUUUAAUAACAAUAAUGAAAAUGUUCUUAAAGCUUGUCACGCCAGAUUGAUGACGUUUUUACUUGAAGAACUAAAUUGUCUUCUACAUAAAAAAUGCUCUAGCUCUUAAGCAAAUUAUACUUUUUAAACUGGUAUUAUAAUUUGA